CAGCUGUCGCAACGACUUGUGCAACAACAUUGAACGUGCAUUGGCAAAGAAAUAAUUAGGCAAAACAGUCGGCAGGCACAAAAUGCAGCUGACUUUGAUCAAUUUUUUCAAGAAAACCGUGCCCGGCCACAUAUUUCGCGGCAAGCGGCGACUGGUCAAGCCGGUGAGCAAACGUGCCAUGGACACGCUGACCCGCGAAUACGAGCGCCAGGAGCACAUCAUGUUUCUGCUGAGGCAUCCCUAUCUCACGCUGGAGCAAUCGUCGGGACACGCCAAGGAGCUGCAGAAACGCGACAAGCUGGUGGCCAAAUGGACGGAUGAGCAGACGCGCAGCAAGAUGAAGCCGCACGUGACCAUCGAAGAGCGACUGCAGCAUUUGCGAGUGAAGGAGGCCUGGGACUAACUAAUAAGCAUUUGCAGAUUCCCAAAGUCGGACAACUGCCGGAACGAUCCCUUGCAUCGGACCACUAUGUCAUCUAGUUCAAAUUGAAACAAUCGAGCGAUUAGAGUAUAAACAAAAACUUGUUAGUUUCUCAGUAUUUCAACAAUAAUAAGCUUA